UAGUAAACAUGGUCAUUGGCGCAGAGAAUUCUGAAUUGUAAAAAGCAGAGUCGUUUUGAAGAAGCUUAGGGAAAGGGAAAGAAAGCAAGCAAGCAGCAGCCGGUGAGAUUAUUCUUUUUUAAAUAGUAUUUGAGAGAAAGAGAAAAUUCCCCAAAAAAAAAAAAAAGAGCUCCACUGAAAGCCCACCACUCAUAAGCAUAAAAAAUAUCACGUAAUUAAAUGCGGGAAAUUAGGGUGGUUUCCAUAAAACCCUGCAAGUUGCACGUUUCCCCUUCCUCAUCUUUCUUCUUUUUCUUGUUCAAUAGAAUCUUCAGACCCCAAAGGAGAAUACAGAGAACUCAGACGAAGAGAGAUGAAAGGUUGCGAGCUCUGUGGUGCCGCCGCGAGAAUGUAUUGCGAAUCGGACCAGGCUAGCUUGUGUUGGGACUGCGAUGAGAAGGUUCACUGUGCUAACUUUCUUGUGGCCAAGCAUUGCAGAAGUCUUCUUUGCCAAGUUUGUCAAUCUCCGACGCCGUGGAAAGCCUCAGGUCCUAAGUUUGGGCCUACUGUUUCUAUAUGUGAAUCUUGUUUUUCUUUGCAUAAGGGAAAAGAAGGUGAAAUCGGUCACGAUCGGACCGAGAGCGAAGAAGGAAAUGAGCAGGAAGAUGAAAUUUUAGAUGAUAGUGAUGAUUAUGAUGAUGAGGAUGAUGAAGAUGAGGAGGAGGAGGAGGAAGAAGAAGAAGAGGAUGGGGAGAAUCAGGUCGUGCCCUGGUCAGUUACGUCGCCUUCUCCUCCGGUGGCGAGUUCUUCGAGUAGCGAAGAGGAAAUUUCAACUGGAUUUUUUGGAGGGAGUGCGGCGGCGUUGAAGCGGAUGCGAGAGGAUAAUGCUGAUCUUGAUUCUGAUGAUGAGAAUGGAUGCUCCUCUUCUCAUUUAGGCUGUGGAAGACUAAGCAACGAAGAAGGCAAUUCGAUGGCUUCAUUUAGACCAUUGAAGCAAGCAAGAACAAACUGUGGAGUUGGUGAAGUAGAAGAAGAUCACGAUCAUAAUAAUGGUCAAGUAGAGUCAAGAUCAACCGCCAUUAUUGAAUCCCUCAAGAGACUCCAGAGCGAAAUGGUAUCCAACACAGAAAGCGCAUCUGCAACCAUUCUUCGGUUUAGCAGAUUGAGCAGAUAUCCCAGCCGUUGAUUUCAAUUCAACUAAGUCUUUCUUUCCCAUUUUGAAACCAUACAUUUCGUGAUCAUUUUCAGUAGUGUUAAUUAUUUCUUUGCUAUUCUAAUAUGCUAAUCCCGCUGCUUCUUUUUUUUUUUUUUUUCAAAUACUGUUGUCUUUGUAUAAAAUUGUGUGUAAAUGAGAGGGUAUUUGUUUGA